AUGGGUGCGAUCCCAUCUAAGGAGAGUAAUUGUUUGUUUUCGUUUUUCAGAGGCACUUAUGAAGUUGGCCUUAUUCCUUUAACAAAACACUUCUUCGGUGAUGUUGAGGAGAUAAACGAAGGCACAACGAACGACAACGUAUCACACCUUCAGGAAACUGAAGAUUCAACAAAAUGGCCAAAAUAUCCUAUACCAGUUGACGAACGACACUCUAUGCCAUUUGUGGAUGUGAUUAAUCGAAAGCAGUUGCGAUCCCAACUAUUAAAAAUGCGCAGUGACCCAGCGGUCUUAUAUUCGAAUGCGAGGGAUACAGAUAACAUGAUACGAACCAUUAGAGCUCAUUUACAAAAUAAAAAGGGAUCUAAAAAUUUCUCUAAUGUUAAUGACGACCAGAAGGCAUUGCAUAAUGGCACCAUAUUUCAGGAAGCCGAAGUAACUUCGGUUUCCGGUUCAAACGCCAGUAGUGCCAAUAAUUGUUCACGUGAAGAUGGGCUGUCAAAGUCUGUACCAAAGUCAGAUAAUAAACGAAAACACAAAAAUGAGGGGAACUCUUCAAUAUCAAUGACUUCAAAUAAAUCCGUGGUCUCCAAAGAUGAGCUAAUCCCACCCGACAUCGAUAAUGCGGCGCUUCUAGAAAAUUACUGGAAUGUAAUGCCAGAGCCAAACUUCACGGAGGCGGAUCUUGACAACUUUCUGGAACUUGUUGAAAAAGAAUUAUACCAAACCAAUGAAGACAUGCUCACCGAUCCCCGCUACGCCAUUGGGGCUGAAGCAUCUGCCUCUUCAGAGGAGGAAAGGGUCAACCAUCACUCCACCACCACAGACAGAGACAUCACCGCAAUCCCGCGAAAGCACCAACCACGUGCUUUCAUCCCUACACCGUGCGCCUUAUGUCUCACUUACCCUUCUGUGAAGGAACGACGAGGUUGCUUUCCUUUAGAAGGCCGAAAUAUAAAUAUUAUUGGCUAUUUUGGUUGUAUGACGAAGGAAAUGCAAGUGGCUUUCAAGGUGACAAAGCGCAAUACGGAAAUAAAUGUCGAAAAGCUUGGAUCGAGCACGGGGGCAAACACGGUCUUCGCAAGCGACGAGGUUUCCGCGCGCAACUCCAUUACACCGGAGGAGACCGCGUCAGUCGAAUCGAGUGCUCACACACAGCGCUCAGAGGGAAAAAUUGAUCUCAAUUUUUAUACUUCCGUCUUGACUUCAGCCGGGGAUCGGACCUUGGAGCGGGUUCUCAUAUUAGCUCCGGUAAUGCUCCGGCAGCAAUUUCACGCCGUUCAUCGCCGUUUGCUGAUUAAUCAAAAACUGCGUGAUCGACUUCGUGCUCUUCAAACCACUAAUACUGGAGAGCCAACAGCGACUUCACAGUUGUUUGAAUCUUGCCCAUACGAAAUAUUAGGGCUUCCUACAUCCAUCUCUUUAAACGAAAGCAUUACCGCCAACACCCCACGCACACCGAAAGGCCUCAACCACAAAGUGGGUGAAGGGGGCUUUAUGGACCCUUUGAUGUUCAUGGCUUUUUCACCGCUGCCAUGCGGUGCAUUUACGCUGGGUACCUAUUGGACACAGUGCUAUGCCAAGGGGAAGGGGCACGAGCGGCCCGCCCCAACAGACGAAAAUGGACCACACCCUAUUGAUUCGGAGGAUGGUUCAAAAUGUCUUUCAUGCCCCUCUGAAAAGCUUAAAGCGUCUCUUCAAUUGAAUCAGCAAAGUGAAAAUCUCUUUUUCCGUUGCCCAAGCACAACGGGUACAGUCUAUAACGAAGUGACGGAUCCGUACACAGGAAUACCAAUUACCAAUGUUGAAGAGGAUGCUAUUUCGUGGAGCUUUAUUCGUCGCCUCGACAGCAUCUCACUUACGAUUGAAUUAUCCAGCAACAACUACCCUGCACUCAAGUCUCUCACAGAAAAUUUUGCUUUUAUGCAUACUCAAGUGGAUAUUGACCCUAAUGAAAUGACAAUGACUCUGGUUAAUCUCCCUGAAUUAGAUAAAUAUACAGGUAGCAGGAUGUCUGAGAAAGCAGAGGGUACAUCAAAGAAAAACGCUAACCACAACAGUAAGGAAGUCUCACCAUCUAAGCCGGUGACUGCAGUCCAUACGGUAAAAAUACAUCUGGAAGAAUCUACUGAUGAUAGAGCUGAAAAAUCGAAAGUAAUGGCAGAUCUCAAUACUAGAAUCACCAACACGCUUCAGACAGAUUCAGUUAGCGAUAGCUAUAGUACCCAGUACGAGGCCCUGGACGUGGCUAAAGAUAAUGCGUGUGAUACCAACAGGCUUAUGUCAGUCAUAAAUGGUGCUGUAAAACCCUCUUCAUGUAUCGUCACACCCGAUUCUGGUGUCGUAAUUCUACUUCAUUCCAGGUUCUUCCGCCAGGCUGCGCUUUGGCUGGGUUCUUUGUUUUGCCACCCCUUACGUUUUUCGAAUGGAUGCUGGACUCAAUACAAGUUUAAAAACGAGGCUAUGGAUGUACGUUGUGUUCUCCAAGAAAAGGAUAUGAUAGUUUCGAACUGGCGAAAUAGUGAAAAGGAAAAAGCGCGCACCUACCUUGGUCCUAAUACAGAGCGUUUAUUGAGGCAUGUGCGUUUAUUACAAGAAGAAACUGAGUUAACACGAUUGUUGCUCCAAAAACAAUCGAGCUCUGUUCGAGUGUUCACUACUCCAGACAAUCGCAAGUACACACUGCAUCGAGGGAAAGCUGGCACGAUGCUAAUCGCUGCUCGUGGAUUUGACCCAAAUCGUGUGAGAACCGUCAAACAAAGCGGAAAUAACACUGCCACCACUACCCUGACAACAAUAGCGAGGAAUUCUAAAAAGGAUGAUCAAAAAAUUCAAGAACUCAGCCAUCCACAACAAAAACGGGUGGAAAACAUCAAAGAUAUGAAUAGAAAUGAGCCCUCCGCCUACCCCCAGCAGUGCACAACUCAGAUUAACAGUGAUAACCUGUUACCUGAUUUUUUCCCAGCGAUAAAGUCUCACAAGGAGUCUUCUCCCCAAUGUUCACCAAAACUGCAUCAACUACACUUCUCAUCUAGCGGCCCACAAAUUGAAAGUAGCAAGCCACCACCUCCAAUGUACCAAUUACCACAGGCUCCCUCAUCAUCCUUUCCAAUCAAAGGCGACAACAGCACACUAGUACACCCCUCAGCCGCUUGGGUUGAUAUUUUGCCGUACUCCUACAGCGCCUCACAAGUUUUUCUACCCUUACCUUCCGACUCCAGCAUCGGCUGCAUUAAUCCAAUGGACCUUGUGAUGUCAAUCCCUUUGCAAUAUGGGCUUUCUCAAGAACAACCACAGUUUUUAGUAGAGGAACCUGUAGGUCUCGCAGGAAAUCACAUGGAGCCUCAAAGCAAUUACCUUGAGAUAAAGAAUUCUGACACAAAUCUAGCCUUUCCACAUACUUUGAAUUCUUCUGUGGAGCUCAACCCGUUCAACAAGAAACCAUGUGGAAUUGCAAGGAAUAUCCUCUAUAUGGACCAAAUGGAAGGAGCUACAGGUGUUGUAGCAAAUACAUAUGAGCGAGAUAACAGCUCUAUUGAGAGUGCUUUCAUUGUACCCGGCAAUGAGGUAAUUAUGAAUUCACACCAGACGUGGAACCAUCAAGAUGGUAUGAGUAAAAAUGUGGAAGACAAGGACCUAUCCCUUUUAACCGACCCUUUUUCAAUGGGUAUAUGGCCUCAGGGCGUUGGUACUAAAAAUCCAAACACUGUAAACCAUUCAAACAAUCUGGGUACAAUAGGUACUGCAAAUGAUGUAUCAGAGAAUUGUAAUUUACAUUUUCCCAGUAACGCUAUCCUUAACACUUCAGCACCGGUACCGAUUCAUUUUGAUGACAGCACUAUGAGCUUGACAAAAAGUGCUUUUGAACUUGUACUACAAGGCUCUCACCUCAAUACUGACGUCGAUGAUAGUACAGUUGGGAUACCCCUAACAAAUUCGUCAUCUCAGAUUUAUAUAGUUUCACCCACUCAUCUACAACAAUUUACAGUGGAGAACCCAGCUCAAAUGCCCCAUAAUCUCUCUUUUAACGCUCAAAAUCCACAUUUAACACCUGCUUAUGUGAGUGAUAUGAAUCGUUCAGCGAAAUUUUGUCCUCCAACGGUUAACCUUUGCCCUGUUUCGUCGAUGCCAGGGAAAGUUCCCAGCUACGCCUCUUUGGGUCGAAUGCCUUUUCUUACCGACACAUCCGCUAUAUCUCAUGGUAGCACGAUCAUUGGUUCUGAAGGGCCUCCUUUUUAUGAAGUCCCGACGGAGGUGUGCAAUGAUUGCAAUGAUACUUGUGGUGCCGCCUCAACUCCAUUCUUUCUUUUUUCUCCAAAUUAUCAAUGUAAUCCUGAUGAUUAUCGCCAAAAAGACUACCGCUUUCGAUGA